AUGGAACGCAAAUUAUUUUUAAAAAUAAAAUACGAAUACAGCUGAUCGUCAAGUGAGGUGAUGUUUUUCAAUUUAUUGGGGAAAAAAUGGUGAUUGUCUUCUAAACAUGGCGAAUACAGUUAGCCCCUUACCAUUUGUAACUUAUAGAGAAUACGGUUUAAAAGAUCCUAAAUCUGAGUUGUUCGAUAAACGUCUCGACGCAGCCAAGAACUUAUAUCGUCGUGACUUGAUUUGCCAUUUUGGAUGUGUAAACGCGAUUGAAUUUUCCAACGAUGGCGAACUACUUAUUUCAGGUGGUGAUGAUAAAAGAGUUAUGGUAUGGCAGUUUGGCCAAGCCAUAUUUGAUUAUGGGAAGCCUGAAGCUAUGAAAACUGGGCAUCAUUCCAACAUCUUUUGUCUUGGUAUAACUUCUGACAAUAAAAAAAUAUAUUCUGGUGGCAAUGAUGACAUGGUAAUAGUUCAUGAUCUAGAGACUAAAAGUCCAGUGGAAGUUCUGGAACAUCAGAAAGCAGUAUGCAGUCUAGCCAUAGACCCUUUCAAUGAGCAAGUUGUCUCCACCGCUGGCAACGAUGGAAGGCUCCUCCUUUUUGACACCCGGCAAUCUGUUCAUGAGUCAAUGGUUAUUGCUCGAAGUCGCAAGGCUUUCCAUGGGGUGAUGUUUCACCCACAGCAAGUGGGGUUACUUGUGUCAGCCAAUGCUCGGGAUGGGGUCGCACUCUGGGAUCUACGUGCCCCUAAACAUGCGGUACAACAAUACAUGAGCAGCAACGGGCUAACACAGAACAGCAUGUCGGUGCGUUUCAACGCUGCCGGUUCGCACAUCCUGGCGCUGCGACGGCGUCAGGCGCCGGUAUUGUACCGGACCCAUGGCCCGGAGCCAGUGGCGGAGUUCCACCACCCUGACUACUAUAACUCCUGUACCAUGAAGAGCUGCAGCUUCGCCGGGGGAAGCGACCAGUUUGUGCUGUCGGGCUCCGAUGACUUUAACCUGUAUAUGUGGAAGGUGCUGGACGAGGAUAGCGAUGAACCGGCAGUGAAGUCGCCGCACGUAGUGCUGUACGGUCACAGGUCCAUCGUCAACCAGGUGCGGUACAACCACAAGUACUGCGUCAUCGCCUCCUCCGGUGUAGAGAAGAUUGUCAAGAUCUGGUCAGCACUUGAGUACCCCGGCAUGCGGGGCGCGCUGCUGGACGGCGCGGCGGCCGACCACCCGCGGGGCAUGUACACGCACGAGGACUACGUCGAGUUCGUACACCAUGGCAACCAUAGCCUAUCACACAACUACCUGGAGCAAUCAACGCGUGAAGACCCGCGCAUGAUGGCAUUCUUUGACUCGCUCGUGCAGCGCGAGCUCGAGUGCCUGGCCGGCGAGAGCGACUCCGACACGCUCGCGUCCGAGCCCCGCUCCGACUCCGACUCCGACCGCCGGCCCCCCGACUACCUCUCGCUCACGCACAAACGAGUAUCUCAAAACGUGAACCGCAGUCAGCGCUGCCCCAACCGCCUAGCGCGGCUCGUGGCGUCGCGGUACCCCAAACAUGUGCGGGCGCAGAAACGAGGAAGUUCCUUGAGACGCAACAAGCAGUCCCGUACGUGCGUGGCGAAGGCGUGCGGCCGUCGCGCCCCGCCCCCCACGCCGCGCGCCCGCCCCUCCGCGCCCUCCUCCGAGCGGACAGACUCCGACGAGCCCACCGCGCUCUUCCGUCCGCCCAGGAUGGCGCGACCUCUUCGUAGACGAAUAAACGUGACAAGAGCGGCCAAGAGGAAAAACAAACUCACCAGCUACAGAAAAGUCAUCAUGAACUUGAGAAGUAAUGGAAGCACAACGCACGACAGUAGUGACAACAGUGGUUUUUCACAUUUUAAUCAAUUUGAAGAGAAUCUAGCGCAGCCCAGUACUAGCACUGGUUACCGCGGUCAGAACAACUCGGCGCUGUUCCGGAUAGCCGAGGUGGACUCCGACGACGACCAGUCCGGCGGCAGUCGGCCGAUCUCGCCCCGCCCCGCGCACACCAUCCCCUCCCGCUCCCCGCCCCACGACCACCGGCUCAGGAACAUACGACGAAUACGACGAAACGGCCGGACGCUCCAUCGUUCCGACUCGAGCGAAUCGCCCCCACCUAAGGACGUGUCGGACCGGAUAUCCGCCGCGAUAGAGCGGCUAACCCCCAAGGUUGGCUACAACAGGACAGUCGCGAGACUCAUGAACGAGACGAAUGAGAGUGAACUAGAGAGCAGCUGCAGUACUGACAGCCCGUGGACGGCCCCGCCCCGCCCUGCCCACGAUGACAUCACGACGGAUGACGUUACGCCCGACGAACACGCCCACAAGUUCCGUCAGAGAGUGAAGAAGGCUCGCCGGUAUAGGACGCACGUAGAAUCGGACUCCAACUGAACGUAUGUGUUGGGAUUGUAUUGUGUUCCUUUUAUGUGGUAUGAGCGCGUACACACUCGGAAGCGAAGGCAAGUCUGUAGAGAGGAAUUAUUACGGCACUCCCAGCGAGAUGUCUUUCGGGUGAGAGGUUGAGAUGUAGCUUAGCUACAAGCGAGAGAAUCGGAAAUUGGAGUAGAAGGUUAUAGUAGAAUUAUCAGGUAAAAAUUGUCAGAGACGUUUGGUCAAGCGUUUUGACGUUGUGCGUACGCAUCUGUAAGCUUAUGUUUAUUCGCUCAAGUAUCUCAUUAAGAUAUCAUAAAGAUUUUUAGUUUUGAGGUUCUCGAUUUAACAGCUCUACGGAGCAGUCUUACAAGUUUAAAGUGUAGCUUUUAUAUCUCUCCCAAGACGAUUUUUAAUAAAGUCAGAGUCGUAAGAAAAGUAUCAAGUGAACAGAAAGAUAUUCUUUUUAUUAACACAAGUAUUCAUUUUGCUCACAAGAUCAUCUCAUUAAGUAUAAUAUUAUUUUAUAAAUUUAAAUGUAAAAGACUACUUUGGAAAGAAUAAGACGAAACUAAAACGAAUUAGUUUUUGCGUAACAACUAGAGUAAUUUACGUUAGCUGUAAUCAUAUUUUACUAUGGUUGUAAAUAUGUGACAACUGACAGUAGCUGUGUAAAAUAAUAUAAUAUAUUAGUAAUCGUAAUUCGUAAACAAUUAUCAUGAUUCAUGGACACAACCGAUAAGACGUAUGCGCAUAUACGCAAACAUCAACAUAUCGGCACUUGUCGAAAAAGAAGACCGAAAGUAACUCUGCUGAUUUGGGAGUUGCACUUUAUAUUCUUAGAAUAGUCUCGUGACGAAUUGUAUUUGUAUUUCAUAAGAAUAAAAUUUCAGUUAUCUUUAAAAUUUUAUAAGUGACUAGCAAAAGUGACAAAGUCCUUAAAAGUUAUUAAAAAAAUGAUCUCUUUUUAUUAAUGUAAGAUGUAUGUUAACUGUAUUAAGUAUGUUAAUUAUGCAAUUUCAUUGAUACGCUGUGAUUCAUAAAUAAUAUCAAUUAUGAUUCUUCCACUACCUACCUUUUGAACUGAGUUAUAUUUCUAAAAUUUCAUUGUAUAGUCUGUCAAGAAAGUGAAGAAAUUAAAAAAUGGCCACA